GUUUCCUUCUCUGAGAAAUCUUCUAAGAAUAGAAAACAUUUCCUUGGUGUUUCGGUUAAGCAGAAGCUAUUAAAUCUUCCACCUUCACUAGCUUGAGAUCAAACAAGCAGUUCCAAACAGAACUUCGGAGGCUAGUGUUUGUAUAAUAAACCUACAAGAACAGCCGUCUGCUGUUACUGACCAGACAAGAACAGCCGUCUGCUGUUAACCGAGCAGCUGAAGGAUGCCCCUGCCUGCGGGAAUCCAGGGCUGGUCACUCUGUGGGCUGGUGAUGUUGAUGCUGGGGUCACUCUUACACGUCAUCGGGCUGGCCACGCCCGACUGGUCAGUCGGCUACCCCGAGAAGUCGUCGCCCCUGCCCAAGAUAUCUGUGGGCUUGUGGGAGGUCUGCAUGAGCUUUUGCCAAGCUCUACUUCACCAGGAAAAGUCAGAGAUCUGGAAGACCUGUGACGCCCUGGCUAUCGUCGGAAUGUUGUUCAGUUUCCUGUCGGUUGGCGCUGCUGCUUACGUCAUGUACUUAAAGGUCAAGGCCAAGCCGGACAACGAAUCGCUGGUGAAAUUAUCCACAGCCAUGUCCAUCUUGUCAUUGUUGUCUAUUUUGAUCUGCACCAUUAUGUGGAGUGCGGGGCUUCACCCUGGGGUGGUCCACGACUUCUGGCCGGGGACACGCCACGACAAAAUCUUUGAGGAGGGACCGGACAUCGACCACAACACUCUCGGCUACUCUUUUAUUCUCAGCAUUCUGGGGGGCUGCCUGCUCAGUAUUGGCGGAGUGAUAUUCUCGUGUUCCUUGAGAAAGUAGUUCCUGCCAGAUGCGAACACGGACAGUCUAGGUCUAAUGACGUCAGAUUUUAUCCAAGUCUUUAUCCCCCACCAGCUGUACUCGUGUACACAUUAUUUUAACUCGCUUAAACCAAUUUUUUUUCUUGUGUUAGAUAAUUUUUAAACUUGGAAAUUCUUAAUUUACAU